GGCGGAGGCGGUUGGACUGAGGCGGACUCGCAGGCGGAGCCAGCGCCAUGUCAGCCCGGGAAGUGGCGGUGCUUCUGUCGUGGCUGAGCUGCUGCUGCUCGGCCCUGUGGAGGUAUUACAGUAACAGCCCAAACUACCAGAUUUUUAGUACCAGAAGUGCAAUUAAGCUAGAGUAUGAAGGAACAUCAUUUUCUGAGUGGAAUGUGCCAGAAGCUUGUUCUAUACAAGAUAAAAGAUCACCCAGAACAGAAUUGCGUUGUUCUUCUUCUGGUUAUCACACUAUAAAACCAAUUGUUGCGGGCCCAGAUGAAGAAGAACGCUAUUUAUUUGUGGACAGUUCUUAUAUUUGCUUUCUGUGGUAUUAUAGAGUUGCCCAUUUUGUGGGCAAUUUUACCCAGGCUAUCACUGUAUGGGUGUACGAUCCAGAAAAUGCAGAUCCUGAUGAGUUGCAAUGGAGAGCAGAACAACCUUCACGAAAUUCCAUAGUACUCAGCACACAGUUGAAUACGUUGGGACAGCACCCUACAAUAUUUACAAUUUUGAAGAGAAAAAUUUAUCUUCCAAAAGGAUUGCAUGAGGGGACCUGGCGUAUCCUAGUACCAAUGACAAUAGAUGAUGUUCUAAAUGAGAUUAAAGGAAACCUAGUGACUUUUCAAGAUUGCUUUAUUGCAGAUCUUUUUUUUCUGCUCCUUUUUCCUAUUCCAACUCUACCUGAUACUCCUGGCUUUUUACCAAUCUCUUCACAAGCUGGUAGUCAGUUAAUAACUUCAGCAAUUGCUUGUCUUCCUUCAGUUGCUAUUGUAGUAACUGAUAUGGAGACCUAUCAAACAAAUGACUCAUUCCGUACAUGGACUACAGUCAGAGUGCCUCCAAACAUUCUGAGUGAUGCUGAAAGACAAAGUGUGACUCAUGUGAUUAUAUUUCCGCAAGGAAUAUUUUUUCUAAUAAAUAGCAUUCUUUACCUAAAAACUGUUAAUGGAUUUAAAAGACUGGGAAGAAAUGAAAAUAUACUUGAUAAUGGAAUUAUGGGCAUUAUAACAAGAAAAUGGUGUUGGACCAAAUAUUUACUUAAGGUUAAAAAAAGAAGAAGCAGCAUGGCAAUCUGGACAGAAAAUGAAAUUUAUCUUCAACAUAGUCAUCUCAAAUUUGUCAGAAUAGUAACUACUGCAGAGCUGAAAAAUCUUCUAAAUCUAUCACCAGCUACCACUCUGACUAUACAAAAUGUUGUAUAUACAGGACACCCUCUGGAAGUUAGCGUGGUAUUAAAUUAUUGCAUUACAUGUACUGACACCAAAAAGACUUUUAUAAUGAUAUAUAAUGAAGAUUCAAAACAGUGGGUGUGUCAAGAGUUUACACUAGAUGUCCCCAUUGACAGUUCUCUAGUUCCAUAUUUUCUAUUUUCUGCAGCACCAGAAUUGAUACUAAAGGACAAACAUAGGCUCUACUAUUGUUAUCAUAAUUUCAGUGUUAUUGGGGUUUUACAAACACCUACAGGAAAUGGAAAUCUAUCGGCACUGUCAAAUGACAGUAUUAUUCAUGAUGUUUUUAUAGAUUAUUAUGGAAAUAUUUUGGUGAAAAUGGAAAACAAUAUACUAUUUUAUACCAAGAUUAAUGUUAGAGAGUCAGUGAAGCUGCAUGAGUGGGUGAACAGUACAGUAAGAACAGUCUUUCUCUUAAAUACAUCUGGUGAGACCUAUCUCCUGAGUGCUUUCAGCAAUGGCACAAUACAAGCACAGGAAUAUCCUUUAAAUCUGGAAGUCAAAAGUAUAUCCCACAAGACAAAAGAAAAAUGCCCAUACACUGCAUGGCAAAAUAAUGUUGAUCGCAUAUUUUAUUUUUUGGACAAGGGAGAGAAUCUAGUCAUUUGGAGUCAACUCGUUUAUCCAGAAAAUUAUGGUCUGUUUACAGCUGUGGAUUCUUAUGGUCCAAAAAUAUUGAAAGCAAAGCAACAGUCUUCCUAUGAAAUUGCCUUUGGACAAUGUACUAAAACUCUGACACUAGAAUUUUUUCAGAAUAUAAAUUAUGAGGGAGCAGAUGACUACUUCAAGCUGCAAGACCAGAACAUGGGUCUUGUGCUCAUUCAGCUUCGACCUAGUAACUACUCAUACCCAUGUCCAAGAGCCCACAAGAUGUUCCAAAUAGCUGUUGGAUGUGAUGCUAAAAAACACAUUGCAGUUCAAGGAUUUAGCAAAGAAAAAUGUCUUCGCCACGAUUUUACCUAUGUGAUUGAAAAGUCAUUUCUGAGGCACCGACCACUUAAUAACUUGAAAGUAAAGUAUAACUGGGAAGAAUAUGGCUGCCCAUUAAGACUUGACUUCACAGAAAAGUUUCAUCCUGUGAUCCAAUUAUUUGAUGACACUGGCUAUGUAAAAGAAGUUGAAGCAAAUUUCAUAGUGUGGGAAAUACACGGCAGGGAUGACUAUAGCUUUAAUAAUACUAUGAAGCAGAGUGGUUGCUUAAAUGAAGCCCAGACAUGGAAGUCAAUGAUUGAUCUUAACAAGCACCUCCCAUUAGAAGAAGUCUGGGGACCUGAGAACUAUAGACAUUGUUUUUCUUAUGCUAUUGGAAAACCAGGAGACUUAACACAACCAUAUGAGAUUAUCAACAGUUCUAAUAAUAACCAUAUACUUUGGCCCAUGGGCCAAUCCGGAAUGUAUGUGUUUCGUGUGAAGAUCCUGGAUCCAAACUAUAGUUUCUGUAACCUAACAGCUAUAUUUGCAAUAGAGACCUUUGGAACAAUUCCCAGUCCCAGUGCCUACCUGGUAGCUGCUUUCCUCUUUAUCCUGUUGCUAAUGUUCUUCACUGUUCUUGUUUUGAGCUAUUUCCGGUAUAUGACUAUUUAUAGACGAUAUAUUUUUGAACCACUUCACAAACCUUUAGGAAAAUUAAAGACAAAAUAG